AUGAGCAAUUUACUAGAAACAGAUGCUGAAAAAAUUUUUCAAAAAAAUGAAAAUAUUCAAGGAAUUUUACUAACAGAUAAACAUGGAUAUCCUGUUUUUUGCAAUGGAACUUGCACUCAAAAUGCUGCAGGUGCAAUAUCAGAAAUUCAAAGGAUGGCAGAAAGUUUAGAAACAUCUAAAAUUAAGCAUAUAAAAUUUGAAAAUCCCAUUAGUAAUUUUAUUAUCACCUCAGAUGAUUUACUAACCUUAGCUAUCCAUCAAAAAAGGAAGUAA